CAGCAGUCUGGAGGCUCGUUGGUUGCAGCUCUCGUUUCGCUGGAGCACUAGUCAAAAUAAUUGGGUUAACAAUCUUGCCCUUUCUUUCUUUCGGUCUGUUAGGGUUGCCCACCCACUCUUCCGCUCUCUCGCCUCAAAAUGGAGGUUUCCGUUCGUUUCUUCGGAUCGACCGCCGCUCUCCAUCGCCAAUUCCGGCUGAUCACCGUCCCCUCCUUACCUCUCCCCCUCCCAAACUCUAGAUUUCCUCCGGUUGGCAGCAGCGGCUGCGGCUCUCCGACGCCGUUCGUCUUCCAUCCGUGCUCUCGACUCGCACGACGAUCCGCCGCCGGCCUUUGCUCCUCCCCGCCGCGAUUGGCCAGUUCCUCCCUCUCUCUCCCACCUCUCCUCUCCCUCUCCCAUCUCUUCGCCUCUAUGUCUCCCCAAGAGGGAGCCCUCGCCUCCGAAUCGGGUCUCAAGGAGGGCUUCGUCAACUGGGGUCGAGAUCGGGAUGUCCUGGAGGGGGGAGAUUUAGGGCUUUACAGCGAGAAGGGAGCGAUUUGGAGGGUCGUGAUGCUCGGUUGGCUGGGAGCUGAGCCAAAGCAUCUCAACAAGUACGCGGGGUUGUAUACCUCCAAGGGGAUCGAACCGGUGAAGUUCGUCAUCCCGGUGAAGGAGCUCUUGGGUUUUGAUCUGGGGAGGAGGGUACAGGAUAAGAUUGCUCGGUUCACUACAGAGCUUGUUUCUUGGUGCUCGCAGACUGAGGAAGAUGGCAGAGAGCGUUGUCUGCUCUUUCACACCUUCAGCAAUACGGGUUGGCUAACCUAUGGAAGCAUACUUGAGAACUUGCAAACAAGGCCUGAUAUAAUUGAGAAGAUCAAAGGAUGUGUUAUCGACUCUGGAGCUGACCCUGAGAUAAGCCCUCAGGUGUGGGCUGCAGGAUUUUCUGCUGCUUUGCUGAAAAAGCGUAGCUCCUUGAUAAGCUCUUCUGAUGAAAAUAAUGGAGUAGCCAAACCGGAUAUGAAAAUGAAUGGAACGGGCACAAAGGACAAUAGUUCCUCUUUUGCUGAAAUUUUAACAUUAUCACUUCUAGAAAAGUUUUUCACAUUGGUUCUAAUGCUGCCUGACGUAAACCAGAGGCUGAGGAAGACCAUCUCCAUACUGUGGAAUAAACAGCCGCUCUGUCCUCAGCUCUAUCUGUACAGUUCAGCUGACAUGGUCAUUCCAGUCAACUCAGUAGAAAACUUUAUCAAGGAGCAGAAGACCUCAGGAAGAAUUGUACAUGCUCAUGAUUUCGGUUCAUCCCCACAUGUUGACCAUCUAAGGAGCUACCCUCAUAUGUAUUCUGCCAAAAUUACUGAGUUCAUGGAAGAGUGCUGCACUGUGUGUUUUUGGCAGGACACAAGGCUAGAGAGGACACUAAAAGAAAGGAAUUGCACAUGCUUUGCAGGAGGGCAUGGCCAAACUGGAAAUUGAAAAUGUUCUACAAAUCCUCUGGAUUCUAUCCGUCACUCGAGUUCCUUCCUAUUUUUGCUGUCUUUCUGGCCUUUGUGACAAUGUUUUACAGAUUAGUCAUCUGAAUUCACUUUCUUUCCUCCAAAAGAAGAUAAAAAAGUUUCUUCCUAUGGGGAAAUUGUGUUCUUCCUUAUUUUUCAUUUUGUAUUCGUUGGCUCUGUUAUCUUGUGCAUAUGACAUUACUGUAUGCUUAUUUGUUAAAUAUUCUCCCCUUUGGUGGGUUUUUAGCUA